AUGUCUGCAUUCAAAGCAUCAGCCAUCAACACUCAAGAUCUUAUAAAUAGAAUCUUGCAGCUCAAACAGAUUAUCAAGAGACUUGGAGAGCAGAAUCAUGAAUUAAAAGAUCAUAACAAGCAGCUUGAGACCCAGAUCAUGGCUAUUCCAUCCACUGGACAACAGAAAAAGAAAGAUAAAGCCAAAGUCAAUCUACCAGAAUUCUUCAAGAAUGAACAAGAAAAAUUACAAGCUUUCUUGAAACAACUGUGCAUCUACAUAAAUAUAAAAGGCAAAGAACUCAGUAACAAUAAGAACAAGAUAAUAAUAACAAAUUAUUACAAAAAAGACAAAGUUAAUCAGAAUAACAACAUGCUAAAGAUUAUUAACAGCUACAACAUCUUUAUUCAGAUAUUGAAAACCACUUUCAGAGAAGUCAAGAAACAAAAUACAGCAGCCCAGCAGUUACACUACAUAUAA